GCAUGAAAUUCCUGUGCAGCUCUUGUUUUCUGUUAAAAAAAGCAAACGGAACCUUCCAGAAGGUGCUGAAGUUGGAGGCACUAUUGGAAAUUUUGUAGUUAGGUAUUUCUUUUUGUUUCAGGUUAGAGUUCAGAAAAGACAGUAAGUAUUUUAUCAUGCUAAGUGUUUGUUUCAAAAACAUAAUGAAGAGUGAGCAUGUUGCAAUUUUACAGUAGAAUGCUUUGCUAGAGAUCAGAUGUGCUUUAGUACUCUAAUAAUUCUCCCCACCAUGAGGUGAUGUUGGUUACACAGGAUUGUGGAAAAUAAUUGGUGUUAAUUAUGGGAAUAAUAAUUUUUCUUCCAGGAGAAUUCUAAUAUUUCAUUUACCCAUAUAUAGCCCAUAAUAAUUUCCCAUCAGAAUUUUGCAUUUCCCUGUCAAGGUAACUAAACUCCUUGUGGUUUUCUUUCAUCAUUCUAUGUGAGUUUCAGUAGCAUUUCUAAACUCAGAUCAUUAUCAAGGUGUCCUGAGAUGGAUCAUUCAAGAAAAGCUUGUGGUUUAAAAUAAAAAGCAGCUUACUCUUAAAAUCAUUAAUAACAUUCAUGGAAAUGGCUUAACUAAAUGGAUUUAUUUUGCUUAUGUGUAUUCUUUCUGUAACAUGAUUUUCUCUUCCCUGAAUUAUUUUGGAUACUGUGUUGGUAGCAGCCUAAGUUUCCCUUAGAGUAUGACUUAAACAGGUGGCUUAUAAAUGUGAGAGAGGUGCGACUGUGUCAGUUUUAAAUCAGAUUUUAUUCCCUGGACCCGGGCUGCAUCAACUCAGCCACAGAGCUCCCAGUGUCAAUUUUCAGAUCGUUUUUCUCGUCACUUGCCAUCCCAUCACCCACUGAAACUGAUGUAAAGACAAGAAUGGAGAAGCAGAAGAGUAAAACAGAGAUCACUUGUGUGUGGUGAAUCUUAAAGCCACUUUGGGGGAAGUUGGUCAGAUAUUGGCUGUAAAUUAGGGGGGAAAGGAAUGAAUACGGACAGGUUUGUUGGAAUGCUUUCCUGUACAAUUUUGAUGUGGGUUUUUUUUCUGUGUUACUUAUCCCCACAUCAAGAUAAAGAUAUUUAGGGCAUAGGCUUUUUUGCAAAUUAAUGGUUUCUGUGCCAGUGUGUAACUACCUUAUUCACUUUUUUCUUGCAGAGUCAACUGCUCAUUUUAUUUCAAAAUUGGAGCUUGUCGCCAUGGAGACAGAUGUUCUCGGUUGCACAACAAACCAACAUUUAGCCAGGAAGCGAUGCUGUUGUAAGCUUGCCUGUAGUAGAGACCAACCAGUGCUAACUUUCAGACAACUUGAUUUUAAGAAGAACGGUACAAAUACCAUCUUGAUUCAAAACAUCUAUCGUAACCCCCAAAACAGUGCACAGACGGCUGACGGCUCACACUGUGCUGUGAGCGAUGUUGAGAUGCAGGAACAUUAUGAUGAGUUCUUUGAGGAGGUCUUCACAGAAAUGGAGGAGAAAUACGGCGAAGUUGAGGAGAUGAACGUUUGUGAUAACCUUGGAGAUCAUCUAGUUGGAAAUGUAUACGUAAAGUUCCGCCGUGAAGAAGAUGCAGAGAAGGCUGUGAUCGACCUGAACAAUCGCUGGUUUAACGGGCAGCCCAUCCAUGCCGAGCUCUCACCUGUGACUGACUUCAGAGAGGCCUGCUGCCGUCAAUAUGAGAUGGGAGAGUGUACACGAGGAGGUUUCUGCAACUUUAUGCAUUUGAAGCCCAUUUCUCGAGAGUUAAGGCGCGAGUUGUAUGGGCGUCGUCGUAAAAAGCAUCGAUCCAGGUCGAGGUCCCGUGAGCGCCGGUCUAGAUCCAGAGAUCGCGGCCGUGGGGGCGGAGGAGGCGGCGGCGGCCGCGAGCGUGACAGGAGGCGGUCAAGGGAUCGCGAACGAUCCGGUCGAUUCUGAGCCAUGCCAUUUUUACUGUAUGUCUGCUAGAAAGUGUUGUAGUUUGACCAAACAAGUUCAUAAUGACAUUUUUUUUAAAGAUGGGCUUCUGAAUAAAAAAUUUGUAGUGAUACAGUA